GAACUACGAGAGGUGAACUGAACUGACAGCUGGCGGAUGAGCUGCACUGCUCCUGCGGACAGCUUCUCAUUCUUCACGCACGCAGAAUCUCACCACUGACGGAUGUUUCCAUUCCAACAUUCGCGAUUUGUGGACUGAACUCUUUUUUUUAUUAUUAUUAUCUUUUUCCACCCUUCGGAAGAGUUCCGAGGAGCGCACAUGUGAAUUUAAUUACCUCCGGGCUUCUUUUUGCGUGCAUGUCGGUGGGGUUUUCAGGCGAAGCUGCUGUUUACAGAUAAAUUCCUUCACCACCUUCAUACGGUGUCAUUUUUGUCCGUUCGUGAGGGCAGCGUUUUUGGCAUAAAGCUUGAACUGAGAGUCAUUGAAACUUUUGCGUAAAGUCGCGCUUUGUUGUGCGCCGCAGACCGGGACGAGCGAGAGAAGCUUUGCGCGUAAAGACUGUGUGAUUUCCCGCACGGAGCGUUGAUCAUGUCACCGUCGCGCGCGCAUUACAAAACUCUCCACAAAUAACCAGAUCAAAUAAAUAAACAAUAAAAAAAAUACAGAUCUAUAGAUCUAUAGAUGCGUUUGCAUUUGAGUUCUGUGCGGAUUUAAAUCUUCGAGGGACGGAUUCUUGCUCUGCUCUCAGGGCGUGAAGGAGUUUCACAGAGACGUGCAUCUGUAAUUUAACCCCCUGCUCUACAGGAUAGCAUGGCAAUGGUAGUAAACCAGUGGCAGGAGAGCAUCGCAGCCGACCCCGGUUCUCAGCUGCAGCUGUGCGGUCAGGAGCCGGGCGGCGCACCGGCCACCCCGUCCGCGUCCACGCCGGGUAACGACGCGCUCGGCGCCGAUAAGCUGGCCAGCGUGGACUGCAUGGUGUGCGGAGACAAGUCGAGCGGCAAGCACUACGGUCAGUUCACGUGUGAGGGCUGCAAGAGCUUCUUCAAGCGCUCCGUGCGCCGCAACCUGACCUACAGCUGCCGGGGGAACCGAGACUGCCCCGUGGACCAACACCACCGCAAUCAGUGUCAGUACUGCCGCCUCAAGAAGUGCCUCAAGGUCGGCAUGAGGAGAGAGGCCGUCCAGCGAGGACGUAUGUCCAGCUCUCAGACCAGUCCAGGCCAGUACCUGCCCAAUGGGAAUGACCCGUACAAUGGACAACCAUAUCUCUCUGGCUUCAUCUCUCUGCUUCUCCGGGCGGAGCCAUACCCCACGUCCCGCUACGGCGCUCAGUGCAUGCAGUCAAACAACCUGAUGGGCAUCGAGAACAUUUGCGAGCUGGCAGCACGUCUUCUUUUUAGCGCUGUAGAGUGGGCCAAGAAUAUCCCAUUCUUUCCAGACCUACAGCUCAUGGAUCAGGUGGCGUUGUUGCGCAUGUCGUGGAGUGAGCUGUUUGUGCUGAAUGCAGCACAGUGUUCCAUGCCCCUGCAUGUAGCACCGCUGCUAGCUGCCGCCGGUCUGCACGCCUCCCCGAUGUCAGCUGAGCGUGUGGUGGCCUUCAUGGAUCAUAUCCGUGUAUUCCAAGAGCAGGUAGAGAAGCUGAAGGCCCUGCAGGUGGACACAGCGGAGUAUUCCUGCCUCAAAUCCAUUGUGCUCUUUACUUCAGAUGCCAUGGGCCUGUCAGAUGUGGCUCAUGUGGAAAGCAUCCAGGAAAAGUCUCAGUGUGCCCUGGAGGAGUAUGUAAGGAAUCAGUACCCCAAUCAGCCCAACCGUUUCGGGCGUCUUUUGCUGCGACUGCCGUCUCUGCGUAUCGUCUCGUCGCCUGUGAUCGAGCAGCUCUUCUUUGUGCGCCUGGUGGGCAAGACACCCAUCGAGACGCUUCUUAGGGACAUGCUGCUAUCUGGCUCCAGCUACAACUGGCCCUACAUGCCUGUGCAGAGAGACCGACCUCUGUCGCUCCACUACAACGAGAACGGGCCUUGACCCCAUCCGCAUCCGCUAAAAGCCACAACAUGUAGAACCCAUCAGCACCUAAUUCGCCAUUCUGUGGUCGGGAAUUGAACUCUUGAGACAUUCUCGUGCCAAGAUUCCUACUGCAGUUGCUCUACAGUGUUUACGGACAUCAUGACUGAGUACUUGACUGCAUCACCUUGACUGAAAGGGGCAAAGUCCAUUCCAGUCCACUGAUUUUCAAACAAGCCAGAAGCCAUUAAAGCUGAUACCAAAGUGGGUGUCUUUCUUUUUGUACCAGGACAUUUUGAGAAAUAAAAUUUAUAAUCCAGAGUUUAAGAGAAACUGUCUGUAUGUUAAGUGGGGAGAAGUGGAGAAAUCACGCUAACUCGACAGUCCGAAAAGAGACAAGAGGCCAGUAAGACUCCGAACAUGCCCAAGCCAACUGCCAGAACAUAAACGGCAGGUGAACCGUACGAGUCGGUGAAAAGAACUCUAUUGUGGUUCGUCUCAAUGUCAUUUUGAGUCUCUAAGGGGAGUUUUGAAAGAGGCACUUCAUUUUGAAACCAGCCAGUCACCCUCCCUUUUUCUUUAUGCUCUUUCCAGCUACCACCAAAAAUUUAGCACAGCUAGAUAGACUUUCUUUAGUUGCCAUGCAAGGUCAGUCUGUAGUGCUUAUUUCGCUCAACGAGGAAAACACUGAAGAGUAAAUAUGAGCAAAAAUCAGGACCUCAGCAUAUUGUCAGCUCUUGGGGACCGGGAGCCGUGCUGUACCGUAUGUAGCAGUGGAUAUUAAGUAUUUCAUUAUUCUUCUAGCAGUAUGUUUCAGUAUGUCACUGUUUUAACAUGGCACUACAGCUUUCUAAGGCAACGUUUGGAUUUAUAAGGCCAAGGGGUCUAGGAAAGCAGGACCUGUUAUAUUAGUUCACAGAAUAUUUCUAUAAGAGGUUUUUUUUCCUGUAUUUUAGGUUUGAAGAAAAAUGAGUCCUUGAAAUAAAAUUUGUCGUUCACAAAAAAAUAUGUUGUUUUG